AUGGCCAGGAGAGACGUUGGCUGGACAAUUGGCUUAAUUAUUGGAGUAGCGAUAGCUCAAGCGUCGAGUCAAUGUACAUCCGGGACAUGCGCCAACGGUAACUGCAAGUGGGGGUACACAGGCUACGUGUGCGAGUGUGACGUCGGCUAUCAGAAUCUCUACGGCAAUCAAUCUGUAUGCGUCGAUGACAGCAGCACUCCAUUUACGAACACGUAUGCAUUUAGAAAUUUCCUGACGUCGAUUGGAUACACGAAUCCAGAUAUGUACCUGGCACCAACACCUGCAAAACCUCAACAACAUCCACAACCUCCAGAAAUCUACGCACCGCAAUCUCCAGGAUUCCACGCACCGCAACCUCCAGAAAUCCACGCACCGCAACCUCCAGAAAUCCACGCACCGCAACCCCACAACCUUCAUUACGGCUCACAGCAAAACCCCAGCCAAUACAACCCAAGGUCCAACCCCAGCCAAUACAAUCAACAGCAAAACCCCAGCCAACGCAGUCCUCAACCACCUACAACAACACCAAUGCCAGUAGAUGCGGAUCCUACUGAUGCUCCCCCAAUAGAAGAACCAACUCCAGUAAAUCAAGGAAUUGACCAAAACCUACAGAUGAUGUGGGAGGAUCCCUAUGGACCACAGCGCCCAGUGUUUUUGGACAGAUCCCCUGUUCCGACGAAUGUUCCAAGAAGUCUACCACCACCUUCAAAUCAAGCUCCCAAUCCGCAAUCACCACCACUGCCGGAGUCCAAUGCUCCUAUGACAUUUCCAAAUCAAGUUCCUUCAUUUACAAACCAGAUUACCGAUUUUCCAACGUCUCAAAAUCAACAAUCGUGGAUCGAAGCUCUUGGCCCUCAGAGACCAGCCUUCCUGGAUCAACCACUAACACACCCACCUCAUCAGGUAAACGACCCUACAGGACAGUUCUAUCAGCAGGGUCCUCCAAUGAGAGGCGAUCAAGGUUUUGUUCCAACUGAUGCUAUGGGUUACCCUGUGUCUGUUCCUACGCAGGAACAUGUCCUUUGGAACUCUGAUCCCCAGCAACAAUUUCCAGUUAAUUACGGUCCUAAUCCUAACACAGGUGAAGUUUUAGUUGCUCCGCCUAACCCUAUUCCUGGUGCUGAGCAAGUGCCAAACAUGCCUCUCUCACCCGAAUACACACAGCCACCAAAUAACUCACCUUAUUUCUAUUCAUACCCGACUCUUGACAUCAAUACAGGAACUCCACCUUCAAACUUCCAAAUAAACCCCCAGUCAGUACCAAUGGCUUCAUCCGACGUACCGAUAGUAUCGCAGUCUAUGAGCCAAUACCAAGUGCCAUUCUCACAGGCAAAUCCCUACAUGCCCCCAAAUCCAUAUCAGAAUCCUGAAAGCAACUUUGGUCCAGAGUACAACCAAUGGCAACAUCCUUACCCUUCCUACCCAACGUAUGACCCAUAUCAACAAGUUACAUAUGGAGACACAAAGCCAAUUAGCUCAAACAGUCAACAAACAGGCAGUCAGGUUUCUCCAUUAGUCACAGAUGCAUUAGGAAAUGAAGAAAGCGUUUCACAACUCUCGAUAGCUGGGGAAAUCCCGCCUACUGCACUAUCAACGACGUCUUCUCCAACAAGUGAAGCUGUCGCAACGACCUUGACUCUGACUACAACAGAGAUGGACGUAUCUACUGUGGUCCUAGACACAAAUGCUGUUGUAGCGACUGAUGCUUCUGCACCGACACCCGUUCCUGAUUCCUCCACUACAACAUCUGUCACUACGCCUACCACAACAACAACAACAACAACAUCUGCCCCUGAUACUUCCACUACAACAUCUGUCACUACCCCUACAACAACAACAACAACAUCUACCCCUUCCACAACAACACCUGCUCCUGAUACUUCCACUACAACAUCUGUCACUACCCCUACCACAACAACAACAACAACAACAACAACAUCUACCCCUUCCACAACAACACCUGUCACUACCCCUUCCACCACCACAACAACUACAACAACAACUACCCCUGAUACUUCCACAACAUCUGUCACUACCCCUACCACAACAACAACAACAACAACAACAUCUACCCCUUCAACAACAACACCUGUUACUACCCCUUCCACCACCACAACAACUACAACAUCUACCCCUGAUACUUCCACAACAUCUGUAACUUCCCCAACCACCACAACAACAACUACAACAACAUCUACACCUUCCACAACAUCAACAUCAACUACCACAACCACAACACCACCUGUAUAUGAUACAACCGGAUCGGGUGCAUCUACCUGGGUUAAACAGACGGGCCAGAAUCUACAAAUAAGUCUUGGAGUUGAUUUGUCCGAUACCCCUUCAUCGGUUGCUGCAGCAACAGCACCCGCGGCCUCAUUUGCGAUACAAGCAACAGGUGUUCCCAAUGACACCGUCCCAGUAACUGAUGUUCCUUCAGUUGACGCAAAGACAGUCACAUCAAUGACAAAAGGCACGAUCGUAUACGCUGCAUCAACACCAACGUCAACCAAAGCCCCCGAGGACCAGGGGAGUACACGACAACGGAUAACUGUCCCCGUGCUGCCAGUAAACAAUGCCAGAUUUGACCUAACUAACUCGCAAGUCUCAAACAAUGUCCCAGUAAGACCGCAUUCGCCAAACAUUAUCCCCAAACAGUACAUUCUAAAGAUUCCAUCAAAGAAUACACCCCCACAAAUGACUAGGCCGAGUCAGCAACCAAGACCAAAUUACCCCCCAAGGCAGCAACCAAGCUCAAAUUACCCCCCAAGGCAGCAACAAAGACCAAAUUACCCCCCAAGGCAGCAUCAAAGACCAAAUUACCCCCCAAGGCAGCAACAAAGACCAAAUUACCCCCCAAGGCAGCAACAAAGACCAAAUAACCCCCCAAGGCAGCAACCAAGACCAAAUAACCCCCCAAGGCAGCAACAAAGACCAAAUAACCCCCCAAGGCAGCAACAAAGACCAAAUAACCCCCCAAGGCAGCAACAAAGACCAAAUUACCCCCCAAAGCAGCAACAAAGACCAAAUUACCCCCCAAGGCAGCAACAAAGACCAAAUGACCCUCCAAGGAGACCCAUCGUUACUGACACAAAGUCCACUCAGCGUACACCGCAGUCCCAAGUCAUUCGUCAAGUCAAAUACCCGCCUAACGUACAACACCCAGUAAGGAUACAGAACCAGCCCCGAAAGACGAACCAUCCUCUUCAGCUCUACCCGACACCCAGACAAUACCCGGUAACUACCCGGAAUCAUUACGUACUCAACACAAGGAGCCGACCUGGUCAACAGACGAGGCACUUCCAACCGGCAAAACAGCAUACUACAAUAUCACGACCUCCUUCUCGCGUUCCUGUGUAUCCAAAGCGGCAACAGACACUCAACCUGCCUCAAAAUCAACCCAAAUACCCACAGAAGCAGCAUUCCACCAUACCACGACCUCCUUCUCGUGAUGUUGUGCAUCAAAUGCGGCAACAAACACUCAACCUGCCUCAAAAUCAACCCAAAUACCCACAGAAGCAGCAUUCCACCAUACCACGACAUCCUUCUCGUGAUGUUGUGCAUCAAAUGCGGCAACAGACACUCAGCAUGCCUCAAAACCAACCACAAAAUCCACACGAAUAUAUUGGCUCCAUUCGAACGCCCCAGUUCACACGAAGAGGGUUCAACUCUGUUUCUAGCGUACAGUCCCCUGUUGGGACCUGGACUAACACGGGUGAAGGACAAAUGUACAAAGGGUAUGGAGCAGGAUCUGCUAUGCAGGGUUCUCACCGAGCAGUUCUGGCUCGUCCCACCACAUCGCGGGCGCAUGACAGUUGGAUGAACGCUGACACAGCUAAUCAAGCAAAUUCGUUUGCAAAUAAUGACGUCUUCAUGUCGCUUCUAUUUUCACAAAUGUUGAAUUAGGAUAUCUUUUAAACGAAAUACGGAAGUUUAUUUUAUCUUCGUUAUCGCUCUGUUAUUAGCAAGGUUAUCAUGGAAAUAAUGACAAAAAUAAGUAUUUGUCUCACAAACCCGUCAGCCCCAACACAAUGUUAUUUCUCUUACUGAUAUUGGAUUAGCAAUACAUUCCUUGAUAUAGUUAUAUUUAUAUUAGAACCCAUUCCCUAUCUUCCGUAACAAAACACCCUGUAGCAAAAAUACCUGUCCAAUAAGAACUAGUCCAAGGGUGCUUACUGGUGUGUUUUUUAACCUUGUACAUCCACAAUUAUGAUUGUAAACAAACUGUAACAUAUUCUAAAAAGCCAAUAAUUCAACUCAUUUCAUGUCCAUAUUUUUUAUUUCCUUAUUUAUUGCCGGUUUACCAUUUCAUUCAAUAUCAUGUUGUGUGAUAUCUUACGUGCAGUCAGUUCCAUCGUUCACAGAAUAAAUACAGUCUGGUUA